CUAAACCCACAACAGUAAAAUCAGUCUGUAUAUGCAAUAAAGCAUGCUUGUUAUACUCACUGUAGAACCUAAGGGGGUUAAUCCUCUGCAUUGUGUAAAAAGAAUGUUUGAUUCUGUCUUCUCUGAUUCUUCCCUUCUUCCACAGUCCCCAGUCCAUCUGCUGAUAGAACAGAGCCUUGGGGGCAAGCUGAACAUGCUCAGUUUGGAAAGUAUUGCUAGAGAGUUUUUUUCUUUCCUGGGAGAGUGCAUGUGAUCAGCACAGGGCCAAUCAGUACUGUCUAGACAGAGGUCAGGGGUCAUGCUGCC